AUACAUUUAAAAUGAAAUUGUUUGGUAUUAGCACUGCUAUCAUUGCUCUUGCAACAACUCUAGUUCAAGCUCAAACUAAUUCUACUUCAUCCUGUGAUCCCAACAGUUGUAAGCUACCAAACUGUCUUUGUCCAUCCCAAUCCCCUCCUGCAGGCCUCAGUCCAAAGGAUGUACCUCAAUUCGUUACUAUCACAUUUGAUGAUUCAAUUCAACCUAAUCUGUUGGCUACUGCCAAGGAUUUACUCAAUGUGAAGAACCCCAAUGGUUGUUCUGCAAAGGGCUCAUGGUAUGUUUCCAUGCAAUACACCGACUUUGCUCUUGUCCAGCAAUGGUAUGCUAAUGGAAAUGAAGUUGCCGAUCAUACAUUUACUCAUGUUGGAUCUCCUUCUGCUCAAGAAAUUGCAGCUGCUCGUGCCAUGUUGAACCAAUAUGGCGGUGUGCCUCUUGGUAAAAUCAAGGGUUUCCGUGCUCCUUUCUUGAAUUAUACUACGGACACAUUGAGAGAAAUUGCAAAGCAAGGAUUUAAAUAUGAUACCUCUGUUACUGCCGUUGUUGAUGAUUGCUACUGGCCAUAUACCUUGGAUUAUGGUUUAGCUAAUGACUGCUGGAAUAACGUGUGUGGUUCUCAGCUUAAAUUACCCGGUGUCUGGGAAAUCCCAAUGUACGCUGUUGUCGACAACAAGGAUAUCCCUCAAUUGAUGGAUGUUUACUUGGCUGGAACACCUUCUGAUGUCACCACAUGGUCUCAAACUAACUUUGACAGACAUUAUAAUGGGAACCGUCAACCUUUUGGUAUCUACGUCCAUCCAACUCAUUUGACCAAUUCUCCUGGUCUUCCUGAUGUCAGCAGUCAAAAGAAUGCUGUCGUUGACUUUAUUAAAUCUUUACAAGGCAAGCCUGAUGUUUGGUUCGUUAGCAAUGAGCAACUCUUACAAUGGAUGCAAAAUCCUGUUCCUGCAAGCAAAUUAGCUGAUCAGCCUUAUAUGCAGUGUAAUUUACCCAACACAGGAAAAGAAAUCUGUAACGGACUGGAAACUAUCACGACCAACGGCGGAGUUGUUUCUGGCAAUCUCUUGAACUCGUGUAACUUUAAUGUGCAGAACUGGGCAACCUGUUACAACUGUCCCUCGACAGCACCCACGGUCGAUAACCCAACCCCAUCUAGUGCUGUUGCCAGCAGUGACCCCAAGUAUCGCCACCCUGUCCCCAACAACUGUGACAGUAUCUGGUGGGACCCUAUCGCUGGUCAAUGCUUGUGUUCCAACACCACUUGUGCUUACCAAGACACAGCUGUCCCAGUGUCCACGAAUACCUCUGUCAGUAGCAACAGUACAACCAAUGGCGGCUCUUCAUCCUCUUCAACCAAUUCCCAACAAGCUGCCUCAGGUAAGACCUCUGAUGGUGUCAAGGUAGCUAACGUGCUCGGCUUCACCAUUACUUUGGCUAUUGCUGCUGUCAUGGCUUUAUAAUUAAUUCAUUAAUUUGUUGUAAAAGUAAAACGAAAAGAAAUAUCUAUUUAUACAUGGCUUCAUGCUUGUUUAUUUUUAAAAUUCCGGUUGUCUUACACACACAAACAUCCAUAGAUAUACCUAAAACGUUUUUUCUCUUUUUCUUUCUUUUUUUU